AUGAACAACAAUAUGUUGCGAUUUUUGCUUCUAUUGAUAGCUGUGUUCUGUUCAGUUGCAGUAUCUGAUCGAGGAAUCACUUUAGAGGAAAAAGUUCGCAAUCUGCAAGAUUCUAUAAUGAAACGACCUGUUAUGAGUUUAAAUUUGGAAAUGUGGAAAACUUAUAUCCAAUCCUCGCCACGUAAUUAUUCAAUGAUUGUUAUGCUUACUGUUUUUUCUCCCAAUAUGAAUUGCCCUAUUUGCAAACCUGCCUAUGAAGAAUUCCUCAUUAUGGCAAAUUCGUAUCGCUACACCUUUUUGAACAACAAAGCUUUAUAUUUUGGAGUUGUUGAUUAUGAAAAUGCACCACAAAUUUUUAAUUUGUUAAAUUUAAACACGGCACCAGCAGUCUUUCAUUUCCCUGCUAAAGGGGCAAGACGACCACAGGAUUCUAUGGAUUUUCAACGUAUGGGUAUUGAUGCUGAAGCAAUGGCCAAAUUUGUUCAAGAUCGAACUGAUAUUCACAUUCGAAUUCUUCGUCCUCCAAGCUAUGCCGCUCCCGUUGUUAUUCUUCUUUUGGUUAUGCUUGUACUCGGUCUCCUUUAUAUGCGUCGGAAUAAUUUGGAAUUUCUUUUUAAUCGAACUUUUUGGGCUUGUGUUUGUCUUGCAAUUGUCUUUGCUUUCAUGUCUGGACAAAUGUGGAAUCAUAUAAGAGGCCCCCCUUUUAUGAUGACACAUCCUCAUGGACGUGAAACUUCUUUCAUCCACGGAAGCACUCAAUACCAACUUAUUGCUGAAACCUAUAUUGUUUUUGGACUUUAUUUGGCUAUUACUGCAGGGGUUAUAGUUUUGAAUGAUGCUGCUAGUAGUAAAACUGAUCCAGGAAGGAGGAAAUUUAUGUCAUGUAUCGGCCUAGGAAUGGUUGUUGUGUUCUUCAGUUUGUUGCUGUCAGUUUUUCGCAGCAAAUAUCAUGGAUAUCCUUACCAAUUUUUGUUUAACUUCAAUUUUGUGAUUACUUUAUGCGAUCAAUUUGUCGAACAAGCAUUGGUAACAGAAAAGGAAUUGGCUCAAGUUGGGAAAAUUUAUUUAGACCAAGAAGAUAAAAUCUGUUUGAGAUAUAAAGCCAAUGAUUUAUGGCUGUGUGCUAUGAGCUGCUUUGCUUGUUGUAAUUGGGACUUGGGGCUUCUAAAUGUUCAGAAAAUUCAAUCAUUGUUGGAUCAGCUGGUUAAAUGGACUUUAUUGCAAGAAGAAAUUGUUCAGGAUCCUUUCGAUUAUUUCUGCAGUGUUACCUCCUCUGAAAAAUUUGACACAAAAAAAAUUUUCUCUGUUUGGAUUUAUGCUCGUUGGAUUCUUUUGGUCGAUUCAGAGGCUCGUUUUCCUUCAAUCCCUGCAAAGCCAACAGUCAGCAAUCCGUCAGUUUUAUGUGAUUGGUUAAACAUAAAUUCCAUCAAUUUUAGUUACAAUUAUCUUGAUCAGAGUCUCCUUCAAGCAGAGAAGUUGGCACAAACAAUCCUCGAUGUCCAAAAGAAAAUUUCACAAGCCAUAAAACUUUUAGACCAGAUGUGGAAUUUAUAUAGUGGAAUUUAUGUACCCAAAAAAGAAUGUUUUUAUCCUAAUUUGGAGGUUAUUACGGAGGGCUCUAAUCUUCAAAAUAUUGGCGAUUUUUCAAAACCUGACAUCCAAAAACACUCUUGGUUCUUUAAACUUGAUAUUUUUCAAUUGAGAACUGCUUUUGAUCUUUUAAAUGCGCAUUUUUGUGCAAAACAUUUUUCCAAAGCAAAAACACUUUUUGAAUUUGUAAGAAAAACUUGGCAAAGACUUAAAAACAACCGUGAAUCCAUUGAUGUGGAAAAUAAAUACUUUUUACCAAGUGAGCAAGAUAUUAAUGGAUUUGCCUGUGCUCUGGGAUUUGAUAUUCCUAAAGAAAAUUCUUCACUUUGCCAAUCUGGUGACAUUAAUUUAUUUAUGCAAUUUGCUCUCGUUAGACCCAAACAUAAAAUUCCUGUUAAUAUUUUGGUUGAAUUACUUUCUAUGGGAAUUUGUCGAGUUUCAAAGAUUUAUCUCGACAAAGAACUUCGACAAUCUGAAGAAUUGCGUUUAGAAUUAAUUAAAUUUCCAAUCUCAUCUUUCUUCUUUAAACGGUUUAAAUUUCAAAAUUAAAUUUAUUCAACGUGCCAGAUUACUUGGCUCUCUUUAUUUUCUUUGUUCUCAUUGUUUUGGUUUUGCUGAUACUCUUGUUAAUCAUGGAAAAUUAUCUGAAGAUCAAAA